AUGGAAUCUGCCACACCAUGGUUGAGCAAUGGAAUCGAAACGUUGUCUCGCACAACACCCGCAGAUUCAUGCCUAGCAACGCCUGCCCCGAGCGCGCGAUCGGAAUCACCAAUUCAAGCCCCGGACCACCAAUAUCUUUGGCGCCGUUUCCCCGAUCACAUUUGGUCACAACGUGUACGAGACACUUCCUCUUGGGUAUGGGACUUUGGUUUUGAUAUCCAGGGUGCCAAUGGUAAUCGUCGGUGGGUCUGCAAACGUUGCAUCCAAAGCAGGCGUCCAAUACCCAGGAGCUUUGCGGAAAAGGGCAUUCAGAACGCGAAUGCUCAUCUGUUCAAGGAUCACAGAAUAUGCGCACCCGGCGAGGCGACAAAAUCGUCGGCUCAAAAACAAGCAGAAAAGGUAAGGAACAGGGACCAGAGGUCUAUUGCUGAUGUGAUGAAACUCGAUACAAGGCUCCCACGCGAGCAAGACAUUGCGAAUAAGCUCGUUCAAGGCUUCGACCGGAAGUACUUCCAACGACUUCUACUCGAAUGGAUCAUUGAGGAGAAUCACUCUUUUACUGUUUGUGAACAAGGAAGACUGCGAAGAAUAUUCGAAUAUCUCAAUCCCCUUGUGAAGAUAACCGACGCCAACAUUACGAGGCCGACUAUUCGCCGGAAAGUUCUCUCGGCCUACGAAACACAUAAAAGUAAGGUUGCAGAGGUUUUGCGGCAGUCAUCGGGCCUGAUUCAUGUCUCAUUUGACGGAUGGAAGUCAGGGAAUAGACACAGUCUGUACGGAGUUGCUUGCUUCUUUCGGGACGAGAACAGUCAGCCGCGAAAGCUAGUGCUUGGCGUCCCUGAGCUGCGAACGCGCCAUUUUGGGCACAAUAUUGCGGCAGAAAUACUUGACGUCCUUGACGCGUAUGGAAUUAAGGAUAGGGUUGGGUACUUCACAUUAGAUAAUGCACAGAGCAAUGACAAAGCGAUGGAAGUAAUUGGUGGCGAGCUUGGCUUCAUGGGAUCGACGAGGCGUGGCCGCUGUUUUGGCCACACUCUAAACCUCUCCGCGAAAGCUCUUCUUUUGGCCACAACGUUGAGGCGUUUGAAGAGCAGCUAUUCUACUUGCGCAUCCAUAUCGACGAUAUCGACGAUAUCGCCCGUCGAUAUCGAUAUCGUAUCGUAUCGUAUCGAUCGUAUCGAUGACCACCCUGUGAUAAGGCGAGCCAUUACUCUCCGUCCAUACCUUGAGCAGCUUAUAUUGAAGCAUCGCCAGCAAUGGGAGCAAGAUAACAGGUCAAAGAGGACAGGCAUUUUAAGGAAGUCGGCCAAGGAGCCGCGGAUUUGCUUGGAAGAAAACCAGUUGACGGCUCAUGACUGGACCGUCCUUGAGCAUCUCGCUACACUUCUUGGGUUCUACGAAGAUGCCGUCAAGACUCUAGAAGGCGAUGGUCAGCAGCGCAAGCGCAAAGGUGGAUGGGUGGGCUCCUACGGGAAUGUGUGGGAAGUCAUUCAAGGAUUUGAGUUCCUUCUAGAGGUCCUCGAAGAGUAUAAGCAGCUUGCGUCUGGAAUACCUGACCCGGAGCAUUUCAGAAUUAACAUCAACUUGGGAUGGGAGAAGCUGAACAAGUAUUACUGCGCGUUGGACGAGACACCAAUUUAUUAUACGGCUUUGGCCCUGCAUCCGGCUUUCCGAUGGGGAUAUUUCGAGAACGAGUGGAAGGACAAUACGAAAUGGGUGACGAAGGCGAAGCAAAUGGUUCGAGAAGUGUGGGAAACGGAAUAUCGCAACCUGCAAAUAGACUCAAGCCCCGUGGUCCACGAACCGGCAGCUAAGCGGCAGCGCAAGUACUACAACCCUUUUCAGGCGUGUUGUGAACGCACUCGGCCAGUCUCUAGAUGCGGCAGGGUUAAAGAGGAAGGGUCGUCGCCCGCUCGCAUAGAUGUGGAUGUUGACGAACUGGAAAUAUGGCAGUCAUCGAGAGAGGAUGGGGACAGCGACAUUAGAGAUCCGAUAACGUACUGGCAUGAGCGCCGACGACGAUAUCCACGCCUGUCGCGAAUGGCGCUGGACUUCCUUACGAUUCAGCCAAUGUCAGCUGAGUGUGAGAGAUUGUUUGCGGCAGCGGGACGCAUGGUAACACCACUGCGAAGCCGGCUUGAUGCUGAUAUCAUAGGAAUGUGCCAAGUGCUACGGUCGUGGUUGAGAGCUGGGGUAAUCGACGACCUAGACGUACUGCUUCUUCCCGUUGAGACUGUUGACGGUGAGGAGCCGUAG